GUCUCACGUCCGUCGACUCACCCACGAGGCGUCAUUGGCGCACAAGGGCGAUUGCGUGGUAAGUGCCAUGACAAAAGACCUUGAAGAGAAACAUCAAGGCAGACGUCAAGACGGCUCGCGAUGAUCCUAUGUAGCAUUGAUAAGCCGACAGCUUCCCUUCUCGCGCAUACUCCGCAUACCACAGGGGCGGCACCAUUUCAUCGAUGCGGGCCGCUUGACUCGGCGCCGCUUUGCCUGCCCUUCUCUCCAUCGUGACAUCCACUGCCAUGCUUGCCAGCUAUCUGUUCUCUAUACUCCUAUGGGGGAUCGCUCUUGCCGCACCUUCCUUGGAAGAGAUCCGAGCAGCCCUGGCCACCAUGGAAGAUCAAAUCAUACACUUGGCCCUCACACGUUGCGCUGCUCCCCUCUACGGAGAAUCCACGGCGUCUCCCUUGCUGAACAGCCUCUCCCAAGCGGCACAAACGAGCCCCUCCUCCCCAUCCGACUCAUCUUUUCCCGGACAUCCACCUUUUCCACCCUACAUCGAUGCUACUCCCAGCCAUGCGCGAUGGGGAGCUGCUCAAUCCAACUUGUCGUCACAGUCAAUCGUCGACUACUGGUAUAAGAACAUGCUACCGGCCUCGAGCGCGGCUCACAACCAGACAGGCUACUUCCCUGAAGCCUCCCCAGCCUUAGCCAUGAGCAGCGCCGCCUUCUUCGAGACGGUAUCGCAGCGCAUUGGCUUCGGUGAGGAGGUCGCACAGGCCAAGGUGGCGGCCAAUCACUCGGCUUUCGGCGAGCACAUCCGACGUCAUGACGCUGUAGCGAUUCGCAAGCUGCUCACAGACGAAAGGCAAGAGCAGUUGGUCAAGCAACGUGUGGGCAACAAGACGGAGGCGUGGCAGGUGGGGGCAGCCCAGAAUGUACCUGCUGCGGUCCUCGUUGAUCUCUUCGCGAGCUAUAUCAUCCCCUGGACUACAGAUGUCGAGGUUGCCACGCUACUCAGGAGGGGCCAAAAACAGUAG